AAGUAGAGAGAGAGAGAGAGAGAGGUAGAGCAGGCUCAGGCAAACCAAGGCUGGCUGUGGCUAGUGACGGUACACACUUUCCGAAGCGCAGCUGUCAUCCACAAUAGACCCCAUCCUCCCCAGCUCGCCUGCCCUGCCUAUGGGCUCACGAUGCGGAGGAUUAGGGCCAAUGCCAUUGCUAUCCUGACUGUCGCAUGGAUACUCGGCACCUUUUAUUAUUUAUGGCAGGAUAACAAGCCGCAUUCCUCCCCAUCUUCAGCAUCUCACCCGAGGUCCAGCGGCAGCAAAAGCCAUGGGCAGAGAGCGCCAGGCCGGCUGGAGAUCCACAGGGAGGACAGAACUAUCCCGCUCAUCGUGACACGGGAUCCCCGGUUGGACAGGGCAGGGCGCCCAGGCAGCAGGUUUGAUGAGAAGGCCUACCUAGCGGGGAAGCAGCUGAAGGCAGGAGAGGAUCCGUACAGAGAGCAUGCCUUCAACCAGCAGGAGAGCGACCGGCUGAGCAGUGAGCGCAGCAUACAGGAUACCCGCCACUACAGGUGUGCAGCGUUGACCUUUGACCCUGACCUCCCAGCAACCAGCAUCAUCAUCACAUUCCACAAUGAGGCUCGCUCCACCUUGCUACGCACUGUCAAGAGCGUCCUGCUGCGCAGCCCCCCCAGCCUCAUCCAGGAGGUCAUUCUGGUGGAUGACUUCAGCAGCGAUCCGGAGGACUGCCUGCUCUUGACACAGAUCCCCAAGGUGCGAUGCCUGCGCAAUGCCAAGAGGGAGGGUCUGAUUCGCUCUCGUGUGCGAGGUGCUGAAUCAGCCACAGCCUCUAUCCUGACCUUCCUGGACAGUCACUGUGAGGUGAACACGGAGUGGCUGCAGCCCAUGCUGCAGAGAGUCAAAGAGGAUCACACCCGUGUGGUGAGCCCCAUCAUUGAUGUCAUCAGUCUGGACAACUUUGCGUACCUGGCAGCAUCCGCAGAUCUCCGAGGAGGGUUUGACUGGAGUCUACACUUUAAAUGGGAGCAGAUUCCGAUAGACCAGAAGAUGUCCAGGACAGACCCCACACAACCAAUCAGGACUCCGGUGAUCGCAGGAGGGAUCUUUGUGAUGGAUAAGGGCUGGUUCAGCCACCUGGGGCAGUACGAUUCACAGAUGGACAUCUGGGGUGGGGAGAAUUUUGAGCUGUCGUUCCGUGUGUGGAUGUGUGGCGGGAGUCUGGAGAUCCUCCCCUGCAGUCGUGUGGGUCAUGUGUUCCGGAAGCGGCACCCGUAUGCCUUCCCCGAGGGGAACGCCCUCACCUACAUCAAGAAUACCAGGCGUGCUGCGGAGGUCUGGAUGGACGAUUACAAGCAGUAUUAUUACGCAGCCCGGCCGGCCGCUCAUGGGAAGUCAUUUGGCAGCAUUGCUGAGCGGGUGGAGCUCCGCAGGAAGCUGAACUGCAACUCCUUCCUGUGGUACUUGGAGAACGUCUACCCCGAACUCCAGAUCCCAGCGAAGGAAGCCAGUCCCAGCGCGGUCCGGCAGAAUGGGAGGUGUCUGGAAUCGCUGGGCCAGGAUAAACUGGGGGACCUCGUGGUCAGUGUGGGGGAGUGCAGGGUGACCCUGGGCAGCCUGCCCCUCUCACAGGAGUGGGUCCUCUCCGGGCCGCAGAUCCGCCAGCAGGACAGCUGCCUCACCAUCACCGCCUACUCCUCGGGGUCAAAGGUCACGCUAGAGCUCUGCAACACCAAGGACAACAGACAGAAAUGGAAGUUGAAAGGCCCGUCUAUCCAGCACCAAGUCAGCGGGCUGUGUCUGGACAGCCAUUCGGGUCUGGUGGCGAUUAACCAGUGUCGCUCAGAGCUGGCCAGUCAGAAGUGGGAGAUCCAGCAGGUCACGUGAUACUGACUGAGGAGGGAGGGCCCACCGGAGGCUGUCCGGGGGGAAUGGAGCCACAACAGGGACGUUUAUUUAUUUUGCAUGGGACUUUAUUGUAACUACCCCCGAUGAAGGCAAAGUGUUUCCAGCUUAAACAGCGUGUGCUUUUUAAAUUGUGUAAAUAUUUUAAUCAAGUGGAAUAAACUGGCUGGGGUUGGAGCCCGUUGGUUUGGAGUGUGGAGCUGAAUAGCUCAAAUAAAAGGACUUGAUGAAA